CAACUACAACAAAAAAAGUUGAGAAAAAUAUUAAAGUUCGUUUCAUUUAAAGAAAGAAAAAGUUUAUCUUUUUUUUUUGUUAUCUCUACUUCAAAGUGUAUCCUAUUUAGUCCUUAUAAACCGCUGACGUAAAACUUUGACAACCCAACAAUUUAUGACACAACAAAAAAAUAAAAGUUGUAAUUUUGUUUGAAAUUCGACUACAAAAAAAGGAAAAUACACACAAAACAUAUUCCACAUAGUCCCCAUAAAAAAUUCUUCCCUUUCGUCCUUUUUUUUUGUAUAGUUCAUUUGGUUAAUUAGUCAUUUUUGUUUUUAUCAAUUGUGUCUGUGUGUAGGGGGUGUUAAUUGAAGGAUAACAAAUAGUUUGUUUGUUUUGUGAGAAAAAUGUAAAUUAAAAAAAAAAAAAAAAAAUAAAUCAAAGGAUAUGCAUUGUUUGUGUGUAAACAGUGUUGAUGUUAGUGUUAAAUUGCAUUCCAAUUAAGUUAAAUAAAUAUCAAAAUUAAAAAAAAAAAAAGUAGAAAAUUGUUAUAAAAGUGAAUAAUAACAACAUCAACAAGAAGAAUACAAAAAAAAAAAAUAAAGUGUAUUUACAAAUCAUUAUAAAAAAGCACAUGCAAGGGCAUUGUAGUAGGUAGAGUUGGUCGAGAGUGUGUUAAUGAAGACCUCAUCGACAUCAUCAUCAACAUGGAGCUACUGGCAUGGUUUUCAUUGUUCCUAUUAUCCUUGAAGAUGGAUUUCACAGCUGCUGUUAAAGAUGUUCCAAUUCACAAAAUGGAAGCAUUAAGCGGCGAAACAAUUUAUCUUCCGUGCAAUGUGAGUACGUACGAAGGAGAUGACGCCGUACUCAUUCUAUGGUAUCGCGAGGAUAAAGGAACACCAAUAUACAGUGUGGACAUUCGUGGCGGAGGUUCAAAAGCAGCUAAACGAUGGUCCGACGAGAGCGUAUUUGGCGGACGAGCCUACUUUAUAUUUGACAAAGAGCCUGGAGAGCUAUCAAUACAGAGUACUCGUGAAACCGACACAGGAGUCUAUCGGUGUCGAGUGGAUUUUUUGAAAGCUCAAACGAGAAAUAGUAAAAUAAAUUUAACCAUAAUAUCACCACCUGAACGCAUUAGCAUACGGGAUGAUGCCGAUAUAGAACGGUCCAGUGUCGUCGGUCCAUAUAGUGAAGGCGAUGUGGUAUCCUUAAAAUGUGAAGUUUAUGGAGGCAAACCGACGCCAACCAUAAGCUGGUACCGGGACGGCAUUCCGGUAAUCUCUGAAACAAAUCAUGUCCCAGGCGGACGUUAUGUACAAAGUGAAAUUACAUUGGGUCCCCUUAGCCGGGAGGAUCUUAACUCAAGACUGACAUGCAGAGCAAACAAUCAUCCCAGGGCAACACCAAUUGAAUCAGUAGUACAAAUUGAUAUGAACUUUCCUCCAUUAAAUAUAAGACUGCUUGGAGCGCAUACACCACUAUCGGCAGGACGUCGAUAUGAUCUCUUAUGCCAAAGUGCUGGUUCUCGACCGCCUGCUGUGAUAACGUGGUGGCAGGAUGGGCAACGAUUGGAGAAAACCACAGAGACGACAUCAAGUGAUGGAAAUCAAACAACGAGUACAUUGUCAAUAACACUAAGCCGAACUGAUGCUGGAAAGUAUUUGUCUUGUCGAUCUUAUAAUCAUGCAGUACCAUCGGAGCCAUUGGAAGAUGGUUGGCGAUUGGAUAUUCAAUACAUUCCCGAGACCUAUGUUCGCUUGGGCACAUCCCUUGACCCGAGUUCGAUACGAGAAGGCACAGAUGUUUAUUUCGAUUGCUUGGUAACUGCUCAUCCGAUUGUUUACAAAGUCGAAUGGCGGCAUAAUAGUCGUCCUUUGCCACAUAAUAUAUCACAAGGUGUAAUUAUAAGUAAUCACUCGUUGGUGCUGCAAGGUGUUUCGAGGGCAACGGCCGGCAAUUACUCGUGUGUGGGAUAUAAUGCUGAAGGCGAUGGCAAGAGUCCGCCAUUUAUGUUAAACAUUUUAUAUGCGCCAACAUGCAUGCCAAAUCAGCCUCGAAUCUAUGGAGUGGCAAAGCAAGAGGAUGCGAAAAUUAAAUGCACUGUCGAUGCAAAUCCACCCGAUGUUGAAUUCAAUUGGACGUUCAAUAAUUCAGCUGAAAGCAUUGACGUUGCCACCAAUCACAUAACGAGAUCAGGAACUUCAUCCAUUGUAACUUAUACACCAAUCACUGAACUUGAUUAUGGAACCCUCUUGUGUGUGGCUGCGAAUAAAAUUGGACGUCAAAGAGUGCCAUGUGUAUUUCAUAUUAUUGCAGCAGGACGACCAGACCAAGUGCAUAACUGUACACUAACCAACAUAUCAAUGGUAUCACUAACUGUCAAAUGCACUGACGGUUUCAAUGGUGGCCUACCGCAAUCGUUUAUGCUUGAAAUGAGGGAUCCCCAUUCUAAUGAAAUCAGAGCAAACAUAACUUCACCGGUACCAAAGUUUUCGGUUUCGGCACUGACACCUGGCAGUGUUUAUUUACUCUCAGUGUAUGCCUUCAAUUCAAAAGGACGUUCCGAUCCAACAACUAUGAAUGCAGCAAUGCUACGGAUGCCCGAGAAGCAAUUAACAUCGGAAAGAGAAAAACCACAUACCGCACUUUUGCUCUCACCCGUCCUAUCAUUAACCAUCGGUCUGACGUUAGCUGUAAUAGUGGCCGGGUUUGCCGUUGUUGUAGCCUUAAGGAUACCAUGCAAAAGUUCCAGACGCCGACGAAAAACCCUAUCCAACGAAAACACAUCCAGAGAUGGAUCACCGGGACCAAGUGAUAAGAGCUCCGGAAGCAAAGAAAUCGAUGGCAACGAGAGUGAUGAGAAGAAUCCAGAUAUUAUACCCGAAACUAUUGAUUCGGAUGAUCAGAUCGAUUACAUAAGACGGCGACAGCAUAUAUCAACCAUCGACACAAGUUGUAGUCCCACGAGGGGGCUAUUAUCGUCGAGUACGCCUCCGCCGCAAAAGUACAAUUCAUCUGGCAUGACAUUGCACUCAUCCCAUCCAAAUGCCAUGGGCUAUUGUACGCUUCGGAAUGGAGGACAGCCACCCAGCUCCGUUGGCACUCUUUCAAUGAAUCCACCGCCACACAUCUAUUCCAAUUCUAUAGCCCAAUGUACCCUACCCCGCCACACGAAUCACAUGUGGCCGGGCUAUAGUGGUGCCAUACCCGGAGUGCGGCCCCUACAACCAAUUCCAUCGCUUCAUCAAUUACCGCAACAGCAGCAGCAGCAGCAGUCAGUGGCACAACAGUACCAACAUCAGACAAAAGUCCAGCAACAGCAGCAGCAGCAGCAACAACAUCCGGAGCUCUCUACCACAAAUUCAAUACCAGCCUCUACGACGAUAGCACUCCAGCAUCUGGGUCAGAGUCAGAGGGCACGAAUCUGUGUCGGCAUCAGUGGAGUCGGUGGGGGUAGUAUUGGUCAUGGCAACAAUGGCGUGGGCAUUGGCAGCGGACUGGGCAGCCAUCAUGGGGGUAGCAGUUGUCUGUCUGAAGACGAAGUCACCGUCCAGACACCGCUCAUGGUGAAACGUGAGAGCACCGUAUGACUAUAGGAUUCGCACGGGGUCGGCGACACGGCCCUGUGAUUUAGCCAGUAUCAUCCUCCUCUCAUUACAUGUAUCUGGACUAGAAGUAGGUGUAUUUUUAAGAGUCAACAACUACCCUUCUCCCCCCUCAAGUGGUCGUCGAAUUUCAUUGUAUGUGUUGUGUAUGUUGUUUCAAUAAAGUGAUGAUUGAAACUUAAAAAAAAAAGUCCGAAUUUACUACAAAACAAAGAAAAAAACAAAA